AUGCACGUGUAUCCGGACUUCGACUCGCUGCCCAGAACCGAAGGCCAGCCUCAGGGGAAUGCCUGGGGUCUAUGGAGAGAGAACGAAAAAUUAGGAACUCUCAACUACUUGACUCCCGAAGUCAUCCUGCAGGCGACUAAGGAGAUCAAAGCAGGCGUCACAGUGCAGUUAGACCUCCCCCUGAGUCAUUUCGACCACCUUGGAGCCGGGCGACAAGGCUUCAGCCACCAGAUGAUCGACUUCAAGGAGCGACUCAAAGGCACCGACUUAGAUAUUGUCGCUCACGAUGAUGUCCUGACCUUAAAUACCCAGAGUAGCUCUCAGUGGGACGGUCUGCGACGUAUCGGACUGCAGGAAUCCGGAAUAUACUAUGGAGGAGUCAAGCACCGGGACAUAGACGAGAAGCGGGAAGAUGGAAGGCGAGGCAUUCACAAAUGGGUAAAGCGCGGUGGCAUAGCCGGGCGCGGUGUCCUCUUCGACUACCAUGGAUGGCGCCAACAAACCGGGCAAGCCCCCGUUACCAUUCCUUCGGCCACGAUGAUCACCACGGAAGAGCUGGAAGCCGUGGCCAAACAUCAAGGCACGCAGUUGCGCGACGGAGACAUCCUCGUCCUUCGCACAGGGUUCACAGACUGGCAUCGGCAGGCGAGUAAAAAGGAGCAACAGGAGGCUUCAAAGAAAGGUGCGUUUAUCGGGCUUGAAGCAACGGAAAAGAGUGUAAAAGUGGCUGUAGAAUCACCAUUUCGCCGCAGUGGCAACCGAUACGCUUGGAUCCGAAGUCACUCCUAUACCAUUUCUGGAGCCCGGUGCCGUGCGUCUCCAGGAAUGGCUUCUGGUUCAUUGGGGGACGCCAAUCGGCGAGCUUUGGGAUCUCGAGAGGUUGGCAGAGGUUUGUUGGGAAAGGAGGCAGUGGUCGUUUUUCCUGACCAGCGCGCUUCUUCACGUGUAUGGCGGAGUCGGCACGCCGCCCAAUGCAAUCGCGAUUCUGUAG